GGCGCUGACGUUAUUGCCGGUGCAAUAUGCGGACCGGCAAGCCUAGUAAACUCGAUGAUGGACCUCCACCACGGCGCCCUGAUGCUCCUCGGCCCAACCAUGAACGCAAAAGUCGCCUUCGACAUCUCCGAGCGCCUCCCCCACCUCUCCCUCCGCAUGAAGGAACACUGCGCCCGCGCCCUCACCUACGCUACCCGCAUGAAAAAACUCGGCCUCAAAGUCAUCUACCCCGGCCUCGAUGAUCACCCCAACCACGCCCUCCUCAAAUCGAUGGCAAACCCUGGCUACGGGUUCGGAGGCAUGCUCUGUGUUGACAUGGGGACUGAGGAGAGAGCAAACAGGCUGAUGAACCAUCUGCAGAACUCGACGCAGUUUGGGCUGAUGGCAGUGUCGCUGGGGUAUUAUGAGACGCUGAUGUCAUGCUCGGGGAGCAGCACGAGUAGUGAGCUGAGCGUGGAGGAGAAGGAGGUGGCCGGGAUCUCACCAGGGCUGGUGAGGAUGUCGGUGGGGUAUAGUGGGACGGUGGAGCAGCGGUGGGGGCAGUUUGAGAAGGCCAUUUCUUGGAUGCAGGAUGCUAAUCCUCACUAUGGAAAGAACUGAUCGAAGUGAUUAUUGCUAUGACUUUUAUUUAAUCUUAAAACUGUUCACUAUCAAUCUAGUUUGUAUUUUGAUCCUUAUUCUGCUUUGAGUAAAGGCUCAUUAAUCGUAUCGCUUUGUCUGCUGCA